GCUCUGUUUUUUUUUUCUAUUUUGCUUUGGGAAAUUUUGGAAGACGAAACUAUUGUGAAAUCGGUGUCGGUGUUAAUAUGGUUGAACACAUCAGAGAUACUGCGAUAAAAUUGACCGAUUAUGAUGUUCGCGUUGAGAGCAUAUUCGAUUUACGAUAUUUAGCACAAAAGCUUGAUGAUCGUAUUGAUCAAUCGGUUCGAUUGAAGGACCUAUCGAAGAAUUUUUUGGAUAUUAAACUCUUUGAAUUUGACCGACUCGCUAACAGUCAUUGGAAAAAAAAAACAAUUAAUUUAGAUACACGGAAUGUAAAUUAUGCCGCUAAAACUGUACGUGUUGCAAUUGAACUGUUCAAACAUUUUGAAGAGAAACUUGUGUUGGAAAAUUCGUCCAACGAAGGCGUUCAAACAUUUAUUAAUGAACAUUGCAAGCCUCACUUGAAUCAUAUUUAUCGAAAUAGAACGAAAGAAGCGGGGCAAAAUCAAUCAACUGAAACAGUCGAUAAACAAACAGUGCAGGAGAAUGAACUAUUGAGCAAUCCAGAAAUUCACGUUAUAUGCAAUGUCGAAGACUGUGAAACUAUGGCAGAGCAGCUUCGAAAACACUGCAACGAAUACAACGUUCUUGGCUUUGGCUGCAGAUAUUCAGCCAACAGACAAACGGUUUCUUUAUUACAAUUGGCAUCACAUCGUGGACUAUGUGCUUUAGUGCAAUUGAGGAAAUUGAAAACAAUUCCAACCAAACUUCAGGAUAUUCUCGAAGACGAACAUAUUCUCAAAAUUGGCGAUGAUGUUUCGUUCAAUGUGAAUAGAUUGGAAAGAGACUAUGGAUAAUCAUUUUUAGUAGAUUUCACCAUCGCGUAAUGUAACGUUUUGGCCCAUUUUCGUGGUAAUUUCAGUGUUAUAUUAAACGUGGAUUAUGUGCAUAUUUCCCAAUAAAAUGACAACUUCCAAUGAAAUUCAUUCAAAAUGUAACAAAUAACGGACGGUUCACAUUAUGCUCGCUCCAUUCUACACAGACCGUACAGCAGAUAUACAAACACG